CGACGAACAAGUGAUGUGAGGAGAGAUGUGUUCCACCGAGUGAACGAGGAUAGGCGAUAGUUCAGCACUGUGCCAGCUGUUGCUUCGCCCUGCAGAAGACGAAAAGAAAUUUAAGAUGAUGUUACCAUUACCCCUAAUUACUUAUGCAGAAUUUCUCCCCAUUCUCUUCCAAGGAAGUAAGUCCUUGUCUCCUCAAGAACUACACUUGACCAAAAAAAUUUGGUUUUUCCCCGACGAAUCCUUAUUCCAAUAAUUGAAUCAUGAUUUAUCUUUCCACCAAAAAAACAUAUGUUGCGUUCUUGCUUGUUCUCAAACUUUGAAUUCAAAUAGAAAUCGAAUUUUCCGCAAGUGAUUUUUUCAAUAUCUUCGUUCGAUCAUUUUCCGAGAUUCAGAUUGAGUUUCUGCUGCGGAACAUCCCUGAAUCGUCAAUAGCCCAGCACGACGCAAAACAAGAUGUUUUCUCUCUCCGACCAAGAAGCUGCGUUGGCCGCCGCUGCUAAGCGAUUCGAAGCCAAGACACGGGACACGCUUGAUGUAGCUCCACCAACUCCAAGUCCUCCAGCAAUGGGUCCUUUGUUAACCCCUACUGCGGCGGUUACGCUGUCGAGCGUGGACGUCCAAGGCGCUUUGUGGUUUUUGGGUAUGCCUGCGAGUCGAUACAAGUCAUCGUCUCAGGAUAUGGUGAAAGCAACAUCAAGUAAUACGAGUACGCAGUACUCGUUUGCUAGCGGUGGCGCAGCUCCCGGUGGUGUGGUAGUUGGCACAAGUGCUUCAGGGCCGUCAUCUUCGUCGCCUGGAAAAGGAAAACAAGAUGACGCUGCUGCGACUAGUACAAGUACUAGUAAUGUUCUGCCAAGCAUGCCAGCAGCUGUUAGUGCUUCUAGUAGUCUUAGUUAUCAUGGCGGACCUUCUAGUAGUAGUACGAGUUUCAUCACAGUCAACAGUCGCGAUGUGCGUCUUUAUUGUGCGAAGCUUGUGCAUCAUAACCAGAAUGUUGAGAUUCCUGCUAGUAAUAUAGCAGCAAAAGGCAGUGCUGGCGCUGCAGCAUUACCUUCAUCUCCGCCUCUCUUGGCAGAUGAUGUUGCUUCGACAACUAGCUCUUCCUCUAGCUCCAGUGCGCAUGCAAUUAAGAAAAUACGAGAGCAAGGACAGCAGCAAGAACAGCAUUCUUUUUCCCCUGCCAAACGAUUACAAAAGUCGCCAAUGCUGAAGCAUUCAUCUAGCAGCUCACGAGCGCAUGCUCUACAUUAAGGGCUUCCGAAUUACAUCCCUCACUACCAUCCUUGGCUCCUUUUCAAGGGGGAAAUAGGUCCAGGAUGUUCUGAAGAAUGCAAUUGGGCAGCCUCUAACUACAGAUUCCUCAACCUCCACGCAAGCCCUUGCCUCUUCCAAAAUGGCCAGAAGGCCAAGAACUUCUAGCCUACAUCGAUCCACAGAUGGUGUCGCAGCUAAUAUCAGCAUGGCCUUCCCCAAACCCAGAACACACAGGAGAGGACAGGGGCCGUCAGCAUCUACAGUUUUCGGCCUUGCCAGACUUAUCUUCCAAAAACUGGCUGAUGCAAGAAGCCACUACUAGUACCGAAUUCACGGUACCAUUGGAUUCAAUCACACACAUAGUGGACAACAGACCUGGUUUUACGCGGGGACACAAGUUGUACAGACGGCGCGACUAUGAAGAAUCAAGGUUGGCAGCACUAUCUCUAUCGGCAGGAUUGACUGCUUCUGUAGUAGGCCUCUCUAGUAUUGUUGGUCCAGCACCAGGAGCAGUAACAUCAGUAUUAGAAGAUGGAACCUCAAGUACUACGCCAGUUCAACUAUCUCGCUCACAACUUCGUGGCUCGAACAGUCUUCCUAGUUUUUUAGGGACCACAGCGGCCGCUGGUGUUGACACUCCUCGUCAACAUCAAGACGAGUUCUCAGUAUCCGUCCGAACAAAUGUCGAUAUGUUGACCGGCACAGAAAUAGAGGUGGAAGAUCAUAGCCUGUCGCGGAGUGUCGCUACCAUGCCCGACGCCGACAUUGCCAGAGGAGAGACCGGGAUCAGCUUCCUCAGCUGUGAACCCGGUACAAGUGUGCCUGGGAGUAAAGAGAAAGCACGAGGAGCACUGCAAGAACGACAUGAAGAUAGUCUCCUCUCCUCAGCAGUAUGCCACUCCAGCGCAACAUCGACUUUGAUGCAACAGCACCAGACAACUACUCCUACGAAAGCGCCACAGUCGUGCAGUACUCCGCAACAUGAUUCCCUGUUGAUGUCGGUGAUAGAAAACGACGACCUUUACGAAGACAUUGCGCCUGAAGACGUGCCGAGUGGCGGGAAGUUGGUGCACGCGACCUUUUUCGAGAACCUAGUGGGCAUUUGGAAGGAUGGGGCCUUAUUACCUGGCGCACAGGGUGGUGGACUCCGUAAGACUGCAUCGACACCAGGCACCAUGAGCAGGAGUACUGACUCGUCGGUGGAAGGGACACCGCGAGGAGCAGGAGCUGGGGGAGCAAUUUUUUUUGCAUCGAGUGCGGAGAAGAUUGAAGGUACAAUACAUAGAUUUUGAUGAAGUUGUAGAAUUUGUUUUUCGCAACUCGUGAGAAUUACCUGGGCAUAAUUUUCUCUAUGUGACCUACAAGUAAAAUAGUUUGGUGAAAAUACGAGAGUCAAUGCUCCUGCUCUUGUCCUAUACGGCGCACACUACAGGCCUUCGUCGCCGCCCCGAUGUCUUAAUCGAGGUUCCUAAGGAUGCCGUGAGCGGGCGACGCUUACGUAAGGGAAUAUCAUCCAACACUAUUGCAGUGGAAGGCGCUAUCGAUAGUUCUAUGUUUAGAAACAUUGUUCCGGUUCAACCUGGCGAUCUACCUGAGGAGCUGAAAGCGACAAUUGUCAACCCGUUCGACUUCGAUUCUAUCCCAAUCAUCGACUUGAACUUGGACGAUCGGCCACCAGAUUCGAGUAACAGAAUCUAUGACAGAAUUGCCAACCCUGGUGUUUCGACGAGUACUAACGAAAAGAUUGGCAAACCCAAAGCUGCUUCCACUUCAACCUCCACUCUUCUCAAAGAGCAACUUUUACCCCAAUUAAGACGAGCUGCGGAAGAAAUCGGCUUUUUCUACGUCAUAAAUCAUGGCGUGGAUCCACUCUUGAUGGAUGCUGUUUUCGGGAAGGCUAAGAACUUUUUCGAUCACUCUCAGCCAGCCAAAGAGAAGUAUCUCAUGGACAGCACUGGUGGUGCGAUGGCUGGCUAUUUUGGCAAGGGAAUGGAGAAUCUGGAUGAUGUGUAUGAAGAUGACGUGGAGAAUAUGGAUGCCAAUAGCACCAGUGCAGGUACUACAAGUACCUCAACAGCCGCUAAAACGAGCCGUACGAAGAAAAAAGUCGAUUCCAAAGAAGGUUUUGAUAUGAACGGCAAUCUUGCAGCAGCUGUGAAAGCGUCAAAUCAGCAGAGUGAUACAGCCUUCAGAUGGACAGAAGACACCAAAAUGCCGGAUGAGGAAGUGCCUGGAUUUUCCCAAGUAAUGAGAGCAUAUCAAAAGCAAGCACUUGGCCUGGGACUGAGACUGAUGGACUUGAUCGGGCAAGCAUUGGAUUUGCAGGUAAUCCUUUAUUUUUGGAUGCUUUCCUCUAACUACUCGAAAGCUGAUUUCCUAGACGAUGACCAAAUAAGAAAAAAACGACACAGAGGAAGAUAGCGAGAAAAAGAUCGAUGAAUGACCUACAACUCUUCACUAAUAGAUAGUAAGAUCAUAUACAACCGUUCUAGUUCUACUUCACUUCUAGUCGCGAAAAACAACACCUCCACCAGGAUCGCCGUCCCCCCUCGUCCUCGGCUCAAGAGCCGUCCGACCAAAACAUCGAAGAGGAGAAAAACAUCCUCCUCAACUCGUGCAAAGAUGCGGUUUGUCAUCACCGAGUCCUCCACUACCCACCUCUAACGGAUUAUCACCGAGAAGUCUCAAUCGGAGCGCACGUGGACUACGGCUUCCUAACCUUGCUUGCCCAGGACAUGACAGGCGGUUUGCAAGUUCUGAACAGCAAGAAGAACCUUUGGGUGCACGUUCCACCGAUAAAACACGCGUUUGUGGUUAAUUUUGGGUCGAUGCUGAGCACGUGGACCAGUAACCGGGUGAAAGCGACGGUUCAUCGUGUGGUAAAUCUGAGUUCAAGUGAACGCUACAGUUCGCCAUAUUUCUUGCGACCGGCGUUGAAUUUCGUUUUGGAUCCGACUGUGUUUCAUCAACAACAUGAGGAAACUACCAGUGAAGCUACCAGUAAGACUUGUACUGCUGCUUCAUCUACUGGGAAAGACAAAGAGGUAGUGCCUGCCUCCAGUGCUGGAGGGAAAAAGAUAACAUGUGAGGAGAUGCUGACUAGAUUCUACAAAAAGUCGGGACAAGCUAAGUACCAAUAGAUGAACACGUGGAGCGUUUUGUUCGUUUGAGAAGAUUAAGUCCUUUGGUCUUCCACGGUCUACCUCAUCACUACGUGGGUGAAGCACUACGCUCUCUCAGUGCCUCAUCAUUACGUGGCGCCCGUUUUAUGGAGAGGAUGUAAAGGUCUUGGUCUUCCUCGGUUCAAAUACAUGUUCAUGAUGAAGAACACUUCUACUGUGCUGAUGGUUGUCCUUAAGCUUGACAUACGUAACAGCAUGAAGAUGAACCGUGGCUCCUCAACACGACAACCUCUUUGAUGGUUUCUUUUGUGUACUAGACCACUGAU